AUGGAACCCCGAGGUGCAAGGAACCGAGCAUCCAAGAUUGCGGAAAUGUACAUACCCGUCCUCAUCCCCACCCUUCAAUUCUGGGUGACCUGGCAGUGGCCCACGGCGGCCGUGCUCACUGUUCUCCUUUCCCUCUUCGCCGCGCAGACCGCGGCCGCCGGGAUUAUCCAGCAACGAGCCCUCGUCCAUGAAUGGAUUUCCAUUGACAGCGGCGGUACACCAAUCACCCACACCCCCGAGGUAAAGACGAAGAACGGCGCCGUAUCGACCGUCGUCAGCGUACCAUAUAUCCUGACUGGAACCGUCUACACCGUGUCGGGCUCUGCUGGCCUCAUCACCUGGGACACAACAUUCUUCGCAGGUGACCAACAAGACUCUGAGAUCAGGGUCGAGGUGCGGUGGACUCCUUCUAAUACGUCAGUCACGAGCUUCAAUGUCCGCGCUGGCAAUGGCUACGUCCCCAUGCUCGUGACCGAGGCCUUUAUGCGUGGAACUAGCAAAAACGACAAGGCAUUGCACAUGGUCAUGUUCUAUACAGAGGAAUCCGGCGAAGCCAAAGAGACGGAAGGUCCUACCAUCUACGCCACUACCGAGGAAAUCUCGGUUGUCGACAUUGUCAAGCGUCCCGGUCGAAAGGGAGUGCACCCGGCAGCCAUCGCCGUACCCGUCGUUGUAGCCGUGUUAGCUCUCGGCGUAGGAUUCUUCUGUCUAUGGAGGAAGAACAAGGACAAGCUUGUGCUCUCGCGCAUCCGGAGGCGGUCCAGCCAAGGCUACGGCGUGAGCAAAAGCCGAACCCAAAGGGUGCCGCGCCCGAGGAUGGCGCCGUAG